CAGAGCAGCAUUUGGCUGCCAUCAGCGUCUCGCCUGUCCCACUGCCGCAAGCAGCCUGCACGCCGACGUGACACGCGAAGAAUAACAUGAUCACCUGCCCCACCUGCCGCAGCACCCACGCGCGCGCCUGCGGGAACAGAGUCUUCGCAUCGGUUUGUCUGCCUCGAGACGAGUGAGCCCGUCGUGGCCCUGCCCUGCGGCCACGCCGUCUGCGAGCCCUGCUUCGGGCGCCUGCCCGGCGGCGCCCUGCUCGUCGACGGCACGGCCAACGGUUCGUCCACGGCCACAGCAACCCUGCAGUGGCGCGAGAGUAUGGCAGUGGGCGACGUCAUCGACGCGAAGGACUCUGAAGGAAGAUGGUUCGAUUCUCGCAUCGUUGCGAUUGAAGGGGACCGCGUCAAGGUCCACUACAACGGCUGGUCGUCAAGGUGGGACUGCUCGUUCGAUAGGAACGAUGAAAGCAUCCAGCCUCAUUUAACACAUACGGACGACUGGCGCCGCUUGCGCAUCGGCGACGAGCUGGAGAUACGGGGAACGGGCGAAAGGGCUUUGUGGUACAAGGGCUUCGUGAAAGAGGUCGACGGGUCUCGAGUCCUGGUGUCCUCGCACAAGCCGAACGUCGACAGGCAGUGGCUCGAGACGUCGUCGGAGCACAUCUGCAAGCUGGGCUCGCACAUCAUGCCCCAUAGGGAUAAUAUACCCGGGGCCGGGCCCGCUUCGUAAGACAACG